AUGCUCUCCAGAGGCCUCCGCGUCAUCUCACGGCAAGCCAUUGCUGCCCCCCUCGUCAGACCAGCCCUCGCUGCCCGACAGCUCGCUCCCGUCGCAUCCAUCGAGGCCAGGCGAUCCUACCACGAAAAGGUGCUGGAUCACUAUGCGCGGCCGCGAAAUGUCGGCUCCAUGAACAAGAGCGACGCUGAUGUCGGCACCGGCCUUGUUGGCGCUCCUGCUUGUGGCGAUGUCAUGAAGCUGCAGAUCCGAGUCGACCCGGAGACGCAGAAGAUCUCCGAGGUCAAGUUCAAGACUUUUGGCUGCGGCUCGGCCAUCGCCUCCAGCAGCUAUCUGACCGAGCUUGUCCGCGGCAUGAGCCUCGACGAUGCCGGCAAGGUCAAGAACACUGAGAUUGCCAAGGAGCUCUGCCUGCCCCCCGUCAAGCUGCACUGCUCCAUGCUUGCUGAGGAUGCCAUCAAGUCCGCCAUCUCUGACUACUACACCAAGAACCCCUCACGGAAACCCACCGACCUGAGCGGCACCGGCAUGAAAAUGCCGGCUGCCGAGGCUAUCGCCGCCUAA